UGUAUGGACCUCUGAGGAGCCCAAUCUUUUUGUGGCACAACUACCAACACCUUCACCUCUUCAACAACAACAACGGGAAGAAAGUAUUUUUUUUUUCCACAUUACUUUUUAUUACCUGAUUGCUUUAAUUUUGUUGAGUAGUUUUUUUAGACAAAGAACAUAACAAACGUGAAGAUGAUUGCUUUGUUUUCUGUGGCAUUGGUGGUCUUUGCAAGCAGUCUGCAUGUUGACGCACAAGCUGGUGGAUCAAGGGUCAAGGUCUACGCCAACAGAGGUGACAAUAUAACUCUGCCCUGCAGACUGGAUGGUCAAUCCACUUUAUUCGGAAACAGAAUCCAUUGGACCAAAGUUGAGGAUGACUCAAAAGAAACUGACGUGCUCAUCUCCAUGGGCUUCCACAAGAAGGCCUACGGAAGUUAUCAAGACCGUGCUUACCUGUUGGAGGUGGAUGACAGUGAUGCAACCCUGGUUAUUACAGACCUAGAUGUGAACGAUUAUGGCACAUACAAGUGUGAGUUCAUCGAUGGUAUGAAUGACAUGGUUCUUGAGGUGGAUCUUGAAGUGCAAGGGAAAGAUUCUCGUUCUUUCACAGGGGUUGUUUUUCCAUACUCUCCUCGUUUGGGACGGUACAACCUCAACUUCCAAAAUGCCGUGGCAGCAUGUCAGGAGCAGGAUGCAGUGGUCGCCUCCUUCGAGCAGCUUUAUGGGGAAUGGAAAAGUGGGCUGGAUUGGUGCAAUGCCGGCUGGCUCAAUGACGGAACUGUGCAGUAUCCUAUCACCAAACCCAGAGAGCCCUGUGGAGGUGCAAGGGCUACAGCUGGUCUGAGAAAUUAUGGCCAACGGGACAAGUCCAACAGCCGCUAUGAUGUGUUCUGCUUCACAGCCGGGCUUAAAGGGCGCUUUUACUACCUGAUCCAGCCCAAGAAGCUCAACUUUGAUGAGGCCGUCGAUGCAUGCAAGAGAGAUGGAGGUGAGAUCGCAAAGGUCGGCCAUAUGUUUGCAGCCUGGAAGCUGCAGGGAUAUGACCGUUGUGAUGCCGGUUGGCUUGCUGAUGGUAGCGUACGUUACCCGAUCUCCAGGCCCAGGAAGAACUGCAGUCCCACGGAGGCUGCUGUUCGCUCUGUUGGCUUCCCCGACAAAAAGCAGAAGCUGUAUGGUGUCUAUUGCUAUAAACCUCAGCAGUAAAGCAAUUCAUGUCAUAUCACCAACCAAAGAGAAGCAAUACAGCAGUCCCCACUCCAAACUUACGAAGGACUUUUGCAUGAACUAGCCUUAACUGUGACAACCAUUAUAGUAAGGAUACUGUAAAGAACAGGAGUGUCCAGUCCUGCUUCCAGAGUGCCAACAUCCUGCAGGUUUUAACUCUUACCGACUUAUCUAGAAGUUUCCAGGGCCAAAUUUCAAAUGAUACACGUGUGCACUUGCGGAUAUACAAUGUCUGCCAGGUGCACAUGUCUUUUAAGUCCAUGAGAGUGUAAUGCAGGGGUGGACAAGUUCAGUCCUGAAAAUCCACAGUGCUUUAGUGAUGGCUGCUUUCCAAUCACUGCUUCAUGAAGCUUUGGAUCACUGAUUCGAAACAAAAGAUUUGUAAAGGUUUCAGAGUGCAUGUCAAACGAGCAAGGUCAGUGGCAGAUUUAGGCAUGGGCAAUAUGGGCGACACAACCCCCCCCUCCCCUCUUUACUUUCGCAAACCCCCACCCCCUCCUCAACCCCCCCGCCAUGUUAUUCACUAUCAUCUGCGAAAGGGUGGCAUGAACACCGUGAGGGCAUGAUCGUUGUUUGCCUAGAGCGCCAGUUAAGCUUGUGACGGUGCGGGGCAAGGUCAUAUGAUUUCAGUAAAUGGGGCCUCGUUAUGUCAUAACAUUAUGUUUUGAAAAUGUAAUGCUUCUCCACUUGGCAGCGAUCUGUGUAAUAUCCUAAAAUCCACAUGAAUGAUUUAACUUCAUUCAGAUUGCCCUCCAGUGGUAAAACGCUGAACAGGUUUCAUAGUUUAUACCUGAUCCUGGAUCAUUUUACAAGUUUGUUGAUGUUUUAAUAAGAAAAGUUAAUUGUCUCUUGUCCUCUUGUCUUGAGCCCAUAACCAUUUAAUUAUAUUACAUGAAGCUAUGUGCAUUUAUAGGUUACACUUUCAAUUUUAAGUUCGGAAUAUGUUUAAAAAGUAAAUUCUGGUGCAGUAACACGUCAGGGCGUCCCGAGUUCGAGGAGAUUUCCCAACCCUACCCCUCAUUCUCUCUCUCCAACUUCACUUUCUGUCUCAUUACUGUCCUGUCUAAUAAAGCCAAAAAGGCCAAAAAUAAAUCCUAAAAAAAAAAAGUAAAUUCUAAUGCAUGUUUUGACUUAUCAACAUUUUGACCACCAGGUGUCUCUAGCAUGUGCUGUUUUGAACACUAAGGAACAAUGAAUCAUUUUACGAUGCAAUUGAUUCAAUUGUUUUGAAACUUUGUUUCUCCCAUCACUACAGUCCUGCCAACACAAUCUGACGGCAGUUUGUAACUUUUUGAUUUAGUAGCAAAUUCGUAUGAAUUUGUGCAAUCUCAUUCGUACAAUUUAGUACAAUUUGCUCAUCCCCUAAUGACGGUUGGGUUUAGUGGUGGGGUUGGGUGCCACGUCUCUUUUUUAAAAUCGCACAUUUUCUUACGACUGAAUUAGCCACUAAAUUGACAAAACGUAAAAUACGUUUCCUCAUGAGAUCAGGCUGGUCCUGCAGAGCACAACUCCAACCUCCAUCACCAGAACAAGCUAAUCAGAGUCUAAGUCAGGGCUGGGCAAUUUUGGUCCUAAAGAGCCACUAUACUGCAGAGUUUCGCUCUAACACUCAUCAAACAUACCUGAACAAGCUAAUACACAUACUCCAAUAUCAUUAAAAGCUACAGGCAUGUGUGUUUGAUUAGAUUUGGAGCUAAACUCUGCAGCACACAGGGCCCUCUAGGACUGAAGUUCCCAAUUUACGCUUUAAGGGCUACCAGAAAGCAACAGACUGGUGAGUAUUUAACAAGGUUGGUUAAAAGAACUGCAGAACUGUGGCUCUCCAGGUCCGAACUUGCCCACCUUUGGUGUAGGUUGUCACAUUCAUAAGAUUAGCAUUCAGGAAGGUACUUGACAAGCUCCUACUUUGCAGUCUCUAUACACACUUCUGCCGAGAACACACUUUGGUGAGCUUCAAGCCUUUGGUAAGCCUCUAUCUGACAUUCAAAGUGAUAUUAUGCCACAAAACUGCACACUCAGAGGAAGACUGCAAGAGUGUAGGGUUCCAUUUAAGAUUAGGCCUACACUAAAAAAAAAAUAAGUUCUGCGAAAUUGUUGCAAACAAUUUAUAUUUGUUGAAUUUAAACAAACUAAUUAAAUGUUCAACUUAAUUUUUGGUUUAAAAUCAGCUUAGAUAUAUUAUUUACAACCACUUAACUUAAAGUUAGUAAAUCCAAGGAAUAAUCUUUGAAUAGAUUUUUUUAGUGUAGUGAGUCUGAAGAGCUAGUUUUAAUAAUAGUAGGAGCUAAGCACUGCAGGAUAUUGACCCUCCAGGAAAAGGUGUGGGCACCCCUUGUAAAGACCAUACCACACCAUUCAUAAUAUUAAUGGCAACAGUUAUUUUAUACCAUUUACUUUUUAUAUAGGCUUGUUCACCUCAUG